AUGGAGACUUCAAUCCUUUCCUUUGCCCUUCCGAUCAUUUUCUUAAGUAGCUUUACCUUCUCCUUGAAUUCCAACACCACUGAUAAACAUGCACUUAUUACCUUCAAAAACUCCAUCACUUCCGACCCUAAUGCUAUUUUGAGCACCAAAUGGUCUCAAAAUAUAUCAGUUUGUAAUUGGGUUGGUGUGUCGUGUGGCCUCAAACACGGCCGUGUCACUGCUCUCAAUCUCUCUGGCUAUGGCCUUUCUGGAACUGUUGCCCCACAUCUCGGAAACCUUACGUUUCUUAGAUAUUUGGACAUCAGUUUCAACAGUUUCGUGGGAAAGUUACCCUUUGAGCUCUCUAAACUGCGUCGUUUGAAGGUGAUGAAUGUAGGAGUGAAUUCAUUCACUGGAGAAAUACCAACAUGGCUGGGAAGUUUACCUCAACUACAGAAACUCUAUAUGUACAACAACACUUUCUUAGGUACAAUUCCUACAUCUUUGUUUAACAACUCCAAGCUUCAAAUGUUACAAAUAUUAAACUUGAACAACAAUCAGUUGAGUGGAUCUAUUCCCAAUGGUAUUUCUUAUGUUGGAGAAGUUAGAAUUGGAAAUAAUAGUCUAUCAGGUUGGCUCCCAAGUGAUAUGUGCAGUAACAUGUCCAAUAUCGAAUUACUGGAACUAGAUUUAAACGGACUCGAAGGAGAUAUUCCACCGAACAUAUGGAAAUGCAAAAAUCUUCAGAUUUUUUCAUUAAGCGAAAACAAUUUCAGUGGCAACAUCCCUCAAGCAAUGGGAAAUGUGAGCAUGCUUAGGGUUUUGUCUUUGGGGUACAAUCAUUUCACAGGGCAUAUUCCAUCAAAUAUAUGGAAUUGCAGACACCUUGAAUAUAUGGCUGUACUCAACAACAAUCUCAGUGGCAACAUCAGUCAUGCAAUUGGAAAUACGAGCACACUUAGACACGUUUACUUGUCAGACAAUCAUUUCACAGGUGAAUUACCACAAGAAAUUGGCACUCUGCCAAUACUGGAAGUGCUUGAUGUGUUCAGGAAUCUCUUACAUGGGUCCAUCCCAUUUUCAAUAUUCAACAUAUCAACAUUGCAGGCGUUACAAAUUUCAGGCAACGAGUUUUCUGGUACACUUUCUUCAGAUUUUGGGAGUUCACUUCCCAAUCUGCAAUGGCUUCUAUUAGCCAAAAACAAACUUAGUGGCCUAAUUCCAACCUCCAUCACCAAUGCUUCUAACCUUAUCGGCGUAGACAUGCAUGGCAACUCAUUUAGUGGCUACAUACCCUACUUUGGUAGUUUGAAGCUCCUUCAAAGACUUCUCCUCUGGGAAAAUAACUUAAGUGCAGCAAAAUUCCCAUCUCAAGAAUUGAUAUUUCUCUCUUCAUUAACUAACUGUCCAAAUUUGCAGACAUUGGAUGUAUCAUACAAUCCAUUGAAUGGCAUCCUUCCUACUUCAUUUGGGAAUUUUUCUUCAUCUCUUAGGAGAAUUGACAUAUCAUACUGUAACAUCAUGGGUGACAUUCCGUCUGGAAUAGCUAACUUUAGCAGUUUGCUAGUACUAAAUUUGGCUAUAAAUCAGUUGGGUGGAACCAUUCCACCUACAAUUGGGAAAUUAAACCAGCUCCAAGGACUAUAUCUUACUGGCAAUCAAUUGGUAGGGUUUAUACCUAAUGAUCUUUGCCAACUGAAUCAUUUGGGGGAGUUGUUCCUUAGUGUAAACAUGCUUGUAGGUCCAAUACCAGAAUGUUUGGGCGAUGUUAAAUCCUUGAGAGUCAUCAGCUUCUUUCACAACCAAUUGAAUUCAUCUAUCCCAUCCAAAUUCUGGGCUCUCACAGACCUUGUAAAAUUGAGCUUGUCCACCAAUUAUUUGAGCGGUAAUUUGUCAUCUGAGCUAGGAAAUUUGAAGUUACUCACCUCUCUAGAUCUGUCGUCAAAUCAAUUUUCAGGCGAUAUUCCCACUUUAAUUGAUGGUUGCCAAACAUUGGAUUUUCUUAACUUAUCACAGAAUCUGCUUAGCGGCUCCAUUCCUCAGUCAGUGGGAAAGGUUAAAGGAUUGAGAACAUUGGAUUUAUCUUACAAUUAUCUCUCCGGGUCAAUACCCAAGUCCUUAGAAGACCUCCCCUUUCUUGAAAAUUUUAAUGUUUCCAACAACAAACUAGAGGGGAAAAUUCCAGAUGGGGGUAAUUUUCGUAACUUCAGUGCUCUGUCUUUUUCUCACAACUUAGCUCUUUGUGGUCCAAUAACAUUCCAAGUUCCACCAUGUCAAGAAAAGCAUCAUAGAUCAUGGUUAAAGAAAGCCAUGGUGACGCUAGGGGUUUUAGCUGUCAUUGUGGUGAUUGCUACUCUUGUUCUCAUGAGGAUGUGUAAGAAGAAAAAAGUGACACUUUCUGUUGAUACUUCACCGCUAACUGCUGAAUACAGAAGAGUUCCUUACAUAGAACUUGUACGAGGAACGAGUUCAUUUAGUGAAACCAACCUACUUGGAAAAGGUAGUUUUGGUUCUGUAUUCGAAGCAAUACUUUCUGAUGGGUUGAAAGUUGCGGUGAAAGUGUUCAACUUGGACCUACAAGGAGCAACAAAGAGCUUUGAUGCUGAAACUACUAUAUUGAGCAACAUUCGACAUAGAAACUUGGUUCGAGUUAUUGGAUGUUGUUGUAAUAUGGAGUUCAAAGCAUUGAUUCUUACAUUCAUGCCAAAUGGGAGCUUGGAUAAGUGGUUACAUUCCGACAUGUAUGGUUUGGAUCUCAUACAAAGAUUGAAAAUAGCCAUAGAUGUUGCAGCAGCCUUGGAAUAUCUUCACCACGGCCAUACAUUCCCAGUUGUUCAUUGUGAUAUAAAGCCAAGCAAUGUGUUGCUUGAUCAAGACAUGACUGCUCAUCUUGCUGAUUUUGGUAUUUCUAAGCUUUUCGAUGAAGGGGAAACUGUCAUCCAAACACAAACCGUGGCAACCAUUGGUUACGCAGCGCCAGAGUUUGGAUCUGAAGGCAAAGUGUCCACAAAUGGGGAUGUAUUCAGUUUUGGGAUACUUCUGCUAGAGAUGUUCACCGGAAAGAAUCCAACAAAUGAUAUGUUCGGCGAAGAAAGGAGCAUAAAAGAGUGGGUGAGUGAAGCAUUGGAGAAAAGUGCAGUAACUGAAAUUGUGCCACAUGCUAUGCUAUCCAUUGAUGAUCAACAUUUUUCUGCAAAGAAGCAAUGUUUUUUGUCAAUAUUUGAAUUGGCAAUGAAAUGCUCAGCUGUUUCAGCGGAAGAAAGAAUCGACAUGAUUGAAGCAGCGGCUGCUCUGCGCAAGAUCUACGCAACACUUGUAGCAGGUACAGAAAGUCGUCGUCCACUACAUCCGUUUCCCGUUAGUAUUCGAAAUAAUAGGGUUUGA